GUACGUUCUCUACGCAACCGUGAAUCAAGGAGACAUCGGAGCGCACUCCAGCUGCCUGAGGGAGACCCAGAUGAGCAAGGUGGUCGAUGGGAAAGGCCUGUUCCGCGUGCGCUACGGUUAUGGCCACGAAAGGAACGCCACGUUCACAUACGAGUCUUCUGACGGACGAAAUUAUAACAUCUUCCAGGUUCAGUUGGAUGGCGUCUCUCGUGUGGAAAAGUACGACAUAAUGUUCGUGGACUGUGCCCACUGCAUGAUCGUGAAGGACCAAAAAGGCUCCAAAUGUCUGAUUUCGGUGCGAGAAUCUUCGCUCCGGCACGGCGUUCCCCAGUAUUGCCACUUUCUCUACGACCUGCUCUGCGGGACAUCGCCGAAGUACCAGUUCUCGGACUCCAGCUGCCUCGACAAAGAUGCGAAGUUGGGCUAAAGGAUUUCAAAACGAGAGAUCUCUGGCUAGCGUACAGACCCUUCAGCGCAGAACAGCACAAAAUAAACCGUUCACAUGAGGAUCCCGUGCACACAUCUUCGGCUCUUACGCUAUUUUUGUUUACUGUAUGACCCUGUCGCCUCGAAAGGACGUUCCGGGGCAGGCAUCUGUGAUAUGUUUUGCACCAUCAGGACGUAGAGCCGACAUAGCGUGCAAGAACAUCGUUUCCUGGCUGGUAUUGCGUGGGAAACGGCACCGGGCUUGGACUUGAAUAAAACAGAUGGCGUGCG